GUCAGACCUACUUUGCAGCAGAAAUUGGGUUUCAACAGAAGAGAAUCUGAACUGGAUUCAACUUGUUCUGUGUUCAUCACGUCCAUCAAGUCACCAAGUUGAAAAGUUACAGAGUUAAAAUGUCGGCUUUGAGGCUGGUUUUAGCCAAGCAGAUUUUAUCUGGGCAUAGUUUUAGAAGAUGCUAUGCUUCCAUUCCAACCACCAAGAAUUUUAUAAAUGGAGAGUUUGUAGAAUCUAAAACAACGAAAUGGAUCGAUCUCCAUAAUCCUGCAACCAAUGAAGUUGUAACAAGAGUACCAGAAAGUACGAAAGAAGAAAUGGAGGCUGCUGUAGCAUCAUCGAGAGAAGCGUUUAAAUCUUGGUCUCAGACGACAAUUUUAACACGACAACAAAUCAUGUUCAAAUUUCAACAACUCAUCAAAGAUAAUAUGAAAAAAUUAGCAGCUAAUAUUACAUUAGAACAGGGUAAAACAUUGGUAGAUGCAGAAGGUGAUGUCUAUAGAGGAUUACAGGUGGUAGAACAUUGUUGCAGUAUCCCAUCAUUACAACUGGGUGAAACAUUACACGGUAUCGCUAAAGAUAUGGACACCAUGACCUUCCGUUUACCACUAGGUGUCGUCGCUGGUAUCACCCCUUUUAAUUUCCCAGCCAUGAUUCCCUUGUGGAUGUUUCCAAUGGCAACAGUUUGUGGUAAUACCAGUAUUAUUAAACCAUCAGAACGUGAUCCUGGAGCCACCAUGAUGUUAGUUCAGUUAGCCAAGGAAGCAGGAUUUCCUGAUGGUGUUGUCAAUGUUAUACAUGGAGCACAUGAUUCUGUAAAUUUUAUCUGUGAUAAUCCAGACAUCAAGGCUAUUUCAUUUGUUGGUUCUGAUCAAGCUGGUCAGUAUAUUUACGAACGUGGAUCUAGAAGUGGAAAACGAGUGCAAUCAAAUAUGGGAGCUAAAAACCAUGGUGUUAUUAUGCCAGACGCUAAUAAAGAGAGUACAUUAACACAGUUAGUAGGGGCAGCAUUCGGGGCUGCUGGUCAGAGAUGUAUGGCUCUGUCAACUGCUGUCUUUGUAGGGGAGGCUAGAAAAUGGAUUCCUGAAUUAGUUGAAAGAGCGAAAAAACUGAAAGUUAAUGCUGGUCAUGAACCCAAUGCCGACCUUGGACCAUUGAUCUCGCCCAAAGCUAAAGAACGAGCCUGUAACUUGGUCCAGUCUGGAGUAGAAGAGGGGGCAGAGCUAUUAUUAGACGGUAGAGACAUCAAGGUCAAAGGUUAUGAGAAGGGAAAUUUUGUUGGUCCAACAAUUUUGAACAAAGUCAAGCCGGACAUGACAUGUUAUAAAGAAGAAAUAUUCGGCCCAGUUUUAGUCAGUUUAGAAGUUGAUACACUAGAUGAAGCUAUUUCUAUCGUUAAUUCUAAUCCCUAUGGUAACGGUACUGCUAUAUUUACAACAAACGGAGCCACCGCCAGAAAAUACACCAUGGAAAGUGACGUAGGACAGGUUGGAGUAAACGUACCAAUCCCUGUUCCCCUGCCCAUGUUUUCAUUCACUGGUUCACGAGGAUCAUUUAGAGGUGACACCAACUUCUAUGGCAAACAGGGAAUUCAGUUUUAUACGCAGGUCAAGACUGUAACACAGUUAUGGAAGGCUGAUGAUGCAGGAAUCACUGGGACAGCUACAACUAUGCCUAUACAGAAAUAAUGACA